UGAAGAAGGCGGAGGCAUUGCAGUACUGUUGCUGCGUAAUUAGUGUUAUUGUUUAUAAUAACAGUUUAAAACUAUUUAUAUUGUAUUUAACUUAUGUUAGCCAUGUUUAAUAACCACAACGAGGCCGACAGAACCAUAUUUGUAGGGAAUUUAGAUAGCAGUGUAAAAGAAGAGAUACUAUUCGAGCUUUUUUUGCAGGUAUUGCUGCUGUGUGUGAUGCGAUGGAGUGCCCGGUGUUAAUUUGCUGUAUAUAUACCAAAGUACAUAAAUGCGUGUUCGGUGCAUAACAUUGUUUGCAAGUUUGAAAGGCGUUUAUUGGAUGUGAAUACGAAUGCCAGCUGUCAGAUCAACGUGUCCACUGUGAGGAAGGCCAGUUUAACCAUGUCUAACUUGAAUUUGUAGACCCGAAUAUCGUCAUAUCUAAAGUCUUUAUGGAGACCAGCAAGGCUGGACCUUUGACCAGAGUUACCAUUGCAAAAGAUAAGGAUGGAAAACAGAAAUCGUAUGGCUUUGUUUGCUAUAAGCACAGAGAGGCUGUGCCUUACGCCAUAGCUUUGCUGAACGGAAUCCGUUUGUACGGAAGACCAAUCAAGCUCCAGUACAGAUUUGGCAGCUCUCAUACACCUGAUGCAGGUUGCUCUUAUCCAGGUUCAGAUAACAGCCCAUGCAGAACUCCUCAAGGCAGUUGUAGGAAUGAUGGUUAUCCUGAGGUUUCUCUGUUCCCAACUCCUCCGUUCACAGCCAACACUUGUCUAUCACAAGAAUACUUCUACUGGCAACAUAUGGCAUCAGGUUAUGCAGCCCAGCAGUGUUCCUUUGAUGCUCAUAUGGCUCAGCAGCAGUAUUACCUCACUAAUGCAAUGACCCAGCAAGCCACAAUGGUGCCCACGCCUGUGUUCCAAAGCACCGUGCAGGACAUCAGAGCUGGCCCGAGUUAUUGUAUCUGGGAGAACCUACAGCAUAACGGAAAUGAAAUGGAGCAAAACGAAGGACAGUUGGAAAACGACAGUGACAGAAGUAGAGAGAGACGUCAUAAAAAGAGUCGUGUUUCCAAACAUGCAUACAGAAAGCACAAGACCAAGCAGAAGUCAAGCUGAUCUGUUUGGAUUUGCAACCCUGUCUUUAAACACUGCACCUUAUUUUGUAAGGCAUAUGAAAGCCUUAAAAUAAUAUUUCUUUUUUUAAUGUCUUCUUGGAAUAACAAUAUCAAUGUGGCAGUGUUUCAAAUGGGUGAAAGGGUUAUCAUCUGUUGUUUAUUUUUCUAUAUAGAGAAUGUUAGUAGAAUGAAUUGUAAUGUUUCACAUUAUUUGUUCUUGUAACUUUAUAUUUAAGUACAAAUAUAUUGUUUUAUAUUAUUGCAUCACAUGCUGAUGGUUUGUUACAUUUUGGCAUUUAAAGAACAUUUGUUUAUAAGAUUUAUUUAAAAAAAAUGUGAAAUUAAUUCAUACAAAUUUGUUUAACCAAUUUGAGGGGAACACUGUUUUGGCAGUAAACUAUUAUGUAAAGAAGUUGUUUGUAAUUUGUUGUUACUGGGCAGCAAAUCUAAAAAGAGAGAGUCUGUAGAAGAGUAUCCCUGCACAGGGUGGGGCACAAUGGAUGUAGGAUUCAAUAAGACAGAUGGAUCCGGACCAAUGUCCCUUUAUCCUAAAAGUAUAUAUGAUUAAUUUCAGAAAACUUUUCUAAUCACAUAUCUUUUACUCUGGAUAAUGAAUUUUAAAAUGUCAUACAGUACAAGAAAACAAAUUUCCUUAGAUUAUGUUAUACAGUUUUUUGCAGGAUGCUGUUAUGACUGGGAAUAAUUUGCUGCUACUGGUAUUUCAGAAAUGCAGCUGGAGAGUAACAAAUGUAUGUUUUCAUAGACUUGUACACAUUGCAUUUAGGUUAACAUGGUUGGCAUACAGUGUAUCUAUUCGCAUAAUAUGUAUUGUCAUGGGAAGUGUUCAGCAGCAGGGUGCUGAGAAUGUGUUAUUUAAUAUAUAUAUUCAUCAAAUUAAAACAGAGAAAAUGUU